AUGUUUUCAGAAUUCAUAGUGAGCUUGUAUGAUUUUAGUAGAAAGAGAAAGCGAGAGGAGAAACUUCAACGUGAAUCGACAGUUACUAACUCAUCAUACAACUCUGAAAAAGACAAUCAGGUGAUUUUAAAAAUUUUGAGAGAGUUCGAAAAAACCAUUUCCUCAGGAAAUGAUCAGAAUCAUGUGACUUCAAGUGAAUCAGAUCUUUUAUCUGUGAAGCAAGAUGAUGACAUGAUUCAAGAGGCAUCACUUGAUAAAAAUCAAAUCAUAGAAUAA